ACAGUUGUUUACAUUCAUCGCGGGCUUGUCCGAACAGGACGAAAGUGAGUCACAUCGCCGGAUAAAAUCUCCCGAAUUUGCGAAUUCCAAAACACAUCAAAUGAUUUUCUCGACACGAAAGGCUCAAAUAUAAAAACAGAAAUGGACAGGAUCCGGCGGAAGAUCACAGAUCUGAGUGAAUUGAAGAAUGCGGACCGUAUUUUCGUCGACGGAAACGCAAUGGCCAAAUUUGGCCUGACCGGUAUUACAUACCGUCCAUAUCAGAUGGAUGGCCUGAACUGGUUGAUUCAGCGUUACCAUAGAAACCAUGGCUGCAUCCUUGGAGAUGAAAUGGGAUUGGGUAAAACAUGCCAGACUAUUGGACUUUUGACAUACCUCUUUGGCUCCGGAAAAAGUCAGGGCCCCUUCUUGAUACUCAGCCCGCUCUCUGUGAUGGGGAACUGGAAAGAUGAGUUGGAAAGGUUUUCUCCCAAGUUGAAGUUUUUCAAUUACAUGGGAGACAAAAACACACGGGAAGAGUUACAAAGUGACAUACGACAUUCCAAAAAUUGGCAGGUUCUUCUGACAACAUAUGAGCUGUGUUUGAAGGACGCUUCCUUUCUACGGAAGUUUAGCUGGGAGGUCCUGAUCGUUGAUGAAGGCCAUCGUCUCAAGAACCAAAAUUCGCUCCUCCAUCAGACCCUGAAAGAAUUCACUAUCAGCCGUCAUAUCUUGUUGACCGGCACGCCAGUACAAAACAACCUGACGGAGCUGUACUCCUUGCUGUCGUUUGUUGCUCCGAGCAUCUUCCGAGUGAGUCUGAAGGAGAGAUUUCUGGAGGAGUACGAGGACAUGACAGAUGAUACAGUGAAGAAUGACCUGCAUUCUAUCCUGCUGCCUUUCCUGCUGAGGAGGACCAAAAAUGAAGUCGUGCUUGAUAUUCCCAAGAAAACAGAGGUUAUUCUGUACCAUGGCCUGUCAGCCCUACAGAAGAAACUAUACAAGGCAGUCUUGACGAAAGAUUACGAGGCCUUUCAGGAGCAAGACCCAAUAAGCCAGAGACCCAAGACCAGACUGAUGAACGUACUGAUGCAGCUGCGGAAAGUUGUCGACCACCCGUAUCUAUUUGAUGGCGUUGAGCCCGAGCCCUUCCAGCUGGGCGAGCAUCUAGUGGAUUCCAGCGGCAAGCUGCAUCUCCUGGACCAACUCUUGACAUUUCUGAAACAACGGGACCACAAAGUUCUCCUCUUCUCACAGAUGACUCGCAUGCUGGACAUCCUGCAGGAUUAUUUAGGAUACAGAGGUUAUUCCUAUGAGCGACUGGAUGGCUCGGUUCGCAGCGAGGAGCGUUUUCUUGCCAUCAGGAAUUUCAACGAGCAGGAAGAAACCUUUGCCUUCCUCCUCAGCACCAAAGCUGGGGGUCAGGGGUUAAAUCUGGUUGCAGCGGAUACUGUUAUUUUCGUCGACAGCGACUUCAACCCUCAGAAUGAUCUGCAGGCUGCAGCCAGGGCGCACAGAAUCGGACAGACAAGGCCCGUCAAGAUUAUUCGCUUGGUUGGCAAGGACUCAGUGGAGGAAAUAAUCAUCAAACGGGCGGACGCUAAGCUGAAAUUGACCAAUCAGGUGAUAGAAGGAGGCCAGUUCUCUCUGGGCGGAGUCGGACCGGCUGAAAGUGCAACCCAGCUCUCGGAAAUGCUGAAGUUUGGACUGGACCAGCUCCUCCAAUCAGAAGAUAGCAGCAUCGAUGAUGUCGACCUGCGAGGCAUGCUGGGUAGCAGCGUUAACGGAGAGUGGGUCGAGGAAGAGGUGACGUCUACCCAGCAUGCAUUGGAGGAAGAAGAAAUGGAAGAGGCGCCUGAGGGUGCCAUGUACAUGUUUGAAGGGAAGGACUACUCAAAGGAACCGAAUGCAUCCGGCAAAGACAGGGAGGCUUUCGAAACACUCAUUGUAGCUGAAAUAACUGAACAGGAGGAUAACGCAGAGCUGCCGCGGGCACUGCGGAAACACCGAAGCAUCAAAAACAUUCCUGAACUGCCCUUACCUCAACGCAAGAAGAAAGAGUACACGCCUGAAGAACUGGAGGAAAGAAAGAGAAAGCGAGAAGAGGCAGCAGCAAAGAGAGAAGAGGCAGCCGCCAAAAAGGCGAAGCUGAUGGAGGAAGCGGAAGUCCGUAGAGCUCAGGAAAGAAGGCAAAAACUUGAGCAGCUCUGGGAAGCCAAUGACUACGAGUCGGCUAACAUCGCCAUGGAAACAGAUGAGGAAGAAAGCGAGGAUGAAGAGAACGAUGACUUCGAACUGUUGCAUGAUGGGAAUGAGGCCCGGGCUAUCCAGUACGUGAGCGGCGACGUCACGCAGCCAAUCAACACAGGCGAUAAAGACGCGAUUGUCGUCCACUGCGUAGAUGAUAGUGGAUCCUGGGGAAAAGGCGGUCUUUUCACGGCCUUGAAAAGGCGAUCGGACCAGCCGGAAACUCAGUACGAGUUGGCUGGAAAAAUGAGAGAUUUGGCUCUGGGCGAUGCCCAUUUGAUUGGCAUUGACGACAAGAUGAGUCGUAGCAAGGGCAAAGAUAUGGUUUCCUUGAUCGUAGCUCAGCACAGAGACAAACGAAAUAACCUGUCGGGAAUUAAGUUGUACGCCCUAAAUCAGGGUCUACAGAGGGUUUACAGGGCAGCGAAGAAACACAACGCGAGUGUUCAUCUGCCGCGAAUCGGCUACGCUACGCCCGGUUUCAACUGGUACGGCACCGAGAAACUAAUCCACAAACUGCUUGCAUCAAAGGGCAUCCCCACGCAUGUCUACUACUUUCCAAGACACCGUGCCAAGCGUCGAUCGUCCAGCCCCCCAGCCUCCGGCCGUCACAAGCCGCAUUCCUCUGCAAAGUCCCAUGAUGCAUCUGCACCGUCAACCUCGGCCGCCUCGUCCUCUACCCACGAUGCACCAGAGCACGAGAAGGGCGACGGGGCUGGACUGCCCAAUAUCUUUCGAGGGGUGACAGUGAGUUUCUGCGAUAUCACAGAAGGUGACAUGAAGAAGCUGACACGCUAUGUUGUGGCUUAUGAUGGCGAUGUGUCUGAGGUCGUCAGUGAUAAAACAACUCACAUCAUAGCUGAUGAGGAGACAACAGAGGUGCAGACGUUGAUGGAUAUGAAAGUGGAGAAUCCUGAUGCGGUCAUAGUAUCCACAAAAUGGCUCCAGGACUGCAUUGCAAAACAAAAACGUGUCAAUGAAGAAAACUACAGAAUGUAGUCAUCUUGCAAAUAUGUAGAUUUAUGCAGAUUUAUGCAAAUUUAUGCAGUUGAAAUAGUGAGAGAAAUAAUGAGAUAAAACACUGGAAUGACGAUGUGUAAAGGCAACAUUUUAACUUUUGUAUGUAGAGUUUGCUUGAGGAACCAUUAGACAAUAAAUAAAAUACUUUGUCACAUUGGGUCGUAAUCAUAAAAAUUAGCAAAUGCUAGGAAGUUUAAGCAAAAAGAAAAAGCAUUUACUUUAGAGUAAAAGCAUUAAGCUAGGAACAGCAAAUGCUUGAUUCCAUAUGAAUAAAAGUUUUCCUUUACUGUUCAGCGUUUACUAGACAACAGGUAGCAAAUUAUGCUUCUUACUAUUGGAUU